GGCUGCACUUCACUGAGGAAACGGGCGCAGCUCACAGGAUUCUCCGGGUGUAAUAGACGGAGCAGCGGCCGCACGGUGUGGGUUAUACGCGGGGACGGGAGCCGGCUGCCGGGAGGAAUGCAGCACAUACCCCGGUCCCAGUGUCUAGACACAGCGCUGUGGUAACGCGACACGGAGGACCCACUGCUCCGCGGCUGAGAACACUGUAAUGGAAGAGACUGCGAUAUGGGAGCAGCAGACAGUCACACUCCACAGGGCUCCAGGAUUUGGAUUUGGGAUCGCAAUAUCUGGCGGCAGAGAUAACCCUCAUUUUCAGAGUGGAGAAACAUCAAUUGUCAUCUCCGAUGUUCUCAAAGGAGGGCCUGCAGAAGGCCUGCUGCAUGAAAAUGACCGGGUUGCAAUGGUCAAUGGGGUCUCCAUGGAUAACGUUGAACACGCUUUUGCAGUUCAGCAGUUAAGGAAGAGUGGUAAAAAUGCCAAAAUUACUAUACGGCGGAAGAAAAAAGUGCAGCUUCCAGUAGCUCGUCCUGAUCCAGAUCCUGUAUCUGAGAAUGAGGAGGACAGCAAUGAGGAAGAUGUGCCUGACCAGAGAAAUGCCCAUAGUGUUCCUGGUGCCAGCAGGAGGAGUGAAAAGAGCUGGGUGAGGGACAGAAGUGCCAGUCGAGAGAGAAGUUUGUCGCCCCGAUCAGACAGAAGAUCCAUCGCUUCCAGUCAACCUCCAAAACCUACCAAAGUGACCUUGGUGAAAUCUAGAAAAAAUGAAGAAUAUGGUUUGAGAUUAGCCAGCCACAUUUUUGUAAAAGAAAUCUCUCAAGAUAGCCUGGCUGCGAGAGAUGGAAAUAUUCAGGAAGGAGACGUUGUGCUUAAGAUUAAUGGCACUGUCACCGAAAACAUGUCUUUGUCUGAUGCAAAAACAUUGAUAGAAAGGUCAAAGGGUAAAUUAAAAAUGGUUGUUCAAAGGGAUGAGCGAGCAACUCUACUGAAUGUUCCUGAUCUAGAUGACAGCCUUCAUUCUGCAAAUGCUUCAGAGAGAGACGACAUUUCAGAAAUCCAGUCGCUGACAUCAGACCAUUCCAACCGUUCACAUGACCGACCACGCCGUAGCCGUUCACGGUCUCCUGACCAGAGAUCGGAGCCUUCAGACCAUUCCAGACAUUCUCCACAACAGCACAGCAACAGCAGCACGCGGAGUAAAGAAGAUGAAAGAGUGUCGAAGCCUGGUGCUUUAUCUACACCUGUGAAAAAUACAAAUAGUGCAACCCUCUCGAGAACAGUGGAAGAACCUUUGCAGGAAAGAGCUGAAAAGCAGACCCCUCCUCUUCCAGAGCCGAAACCAGUAUAUGCCCAGUCAGGGCAACCUGACGUAGACUUGCCUGUUAGCCCGUCUGAUGGCCCUUUCCCCAACUCCACACAUGAAGAUGGCAUGCUUAGGCCUAGCAUGAAACUAGUAAAAUUCAGGAAAGGAGACAGUGUAGGACUACGUCUUGCUGGUGGAAAUGAUGUUGGCAUUUUCGUGGCGGGUGUUUUGGAGGAUAGCCCUGCAGCAAAAGAAGGAUUAGAAGAAGGCGAUCAGAUUCUUAGAGUGAACAACGUGGACUUUACUAAUAUCAUCAGGGAGGAGGCUGUCCUUUUUCUUCUUGAUUUACCCAAAGGAGAAGAGGUCACAAUCCUGGCACAGAAAAAGAAAGAUGUUUACCGUCGCAUUGUUGAAUCGGACGUUGGCGAUUCCUUUUAUAUCCGAACCCAUUUUGAGUAUGAGAAGGAAUCCCAAUAUGGCCUGAGUUUCAACAAAGGAGAGGUGUUUCGAGUUGUGGAUACUCUUUACAAUGGGAAGCUAGGAUCGUGGCUGGCAAUUCGAAUAGGUAGAAAUCAUAAGGAAGUGGAAAGAGGAAUUAUCCCAAAUAAGAACAGAGCUGAACAGCUUGCAAGUGUGCAGUAUACACUCCCUAAAACAGCUGGAGGUGAUCGUGCAGACUUUUGGCGCUUCCGGGGUCUCCGAAGUUCCAAGCGAAAUCUCAGGAAAAGUAGGGAAGACCUCUCGGCCCAACCUGUUCAGACCAAGUUUCCUGCGUAUGAAAGAGUUGUCUUGCGAGAAGCUGGAUUUCUCAGACCUGUUGUUAUCUUUGGUCCUAUUGCUGAUGUUGCACGAGAGAAAUUGGCAAGAGAGGAACCAGAUAUCUACGAGGUGGCAAGAAGUGAACCAAGAGACGCAGGUACUGACCAGCGGAGCUCUGGGAUCAUUCGUCUUCAUACAAUCAAGCAGAUUAUUGACAGGGAUAAACAUGCACUUCUUGAUGUGACUCCAAAUGCUGUAGACCGCCUGAACUAUGCACAGUGGUAUCCAAUAGUAGUGUUCCUUAACCCUGACUCCAAACAGGGUGUGAAAACUAUGCGAACGAGGUGUUGCCCUGAAUCUCGCAAAAGUGCCAGAAAACUUUUUGAACGUUCACAUAAACUACGCAAAAAUAAUCAUCAUCUUUUUACAACUACCAUUAAUUUAAAUUCUAUGAAUGAUGGUUGGUACGGAGCAUUGAAAGAAGCUGUUCAGCAACAACAGAACCAGCUGGUUUGGGUCUCGGAAGGCAAAGCAGAAGGUGGCACAGAUGAUGAUCUUGAUUUGCAUGACGACCGUCUAUCCUACUUGUCAGCACCAGGUAGUGAAUACUCAAUGUAUAGCACUGAUAGCAGGCACACGUCAGAUUAUGAAGAUACUGACACAGAAGGAGGGGCUUACACUGACCAGGACCUGGAUGAGACCCUCAAUGAUGAGGCUGGAACACCACCAGAGUCUGCCAUUACACGCUCAUCUGAACCUGUACGUGAUGACACAUCAGGGAUACAUCAUCAGGAAAACCAAGCUUACCCAUCUUAUCCACCACAGCCAAUUGUCAGAACAGAUUCUCCAGGAUAUAAAAAUGUACCUUCACAACAGAAAGCAGAUGCCUUACCUGCUGCCCCUUACCUUUCUCUGCCGUCUGAUACAAACACUACAACUUCAACUGCUGCUGUAAAUCCUAAUGUAAACCUAAGUAAUGUCAGAUUGGAGGAUCCCAACCCUGCCCCCUACAGCUCUUACCAAGCACAAGCUGGCCCAAUGCGAUCACCUAACACUGAGGCAGCUCACAUAAUGCUCAGAGACCAAGAGCCUUCAUCUUUACCUGUCCACAUAGAUCCUGCAAAGGUGUACAGAAAAGAACCAUAUUCUAUGGACGAGAAUCCUAGGCAUAAUUACUUAAUAAAACAGCAAGUAAUUGGUCACCAGAGACCAGAGAAAGACACUAACCUGAACUUUGAUACCCUGCCAUCCUAUGCAGACAAAACAAUGAGCAGAGAAUAUGAUCCAUCUUACAGAUACGAACCUACUUCAGAAUAUGUGGAUCAAUUCACUCACAGUUAUGACCCAAGAAUACAUAGCGAUGACCAUGUGCCUACUUACGACGAUCAGUGGGGUUAUUAUGAUGACAAGCAGUCCUCGUACCCACAAAGACCACAGUAUGAUAGUAAGCAUAGGGACUUUACUGUUAGGCAGCAUUCAGAAGAGAGUCUUGAGCGCAGCUAUUUUCCACAGCAACCUCGCUUCGAGGAGCCACCUCCUGUUGCCUAUGACAAUCGACCUCGUCCUGCUAAAAAUUUUAAGGGACCCCAGAUUCUCUAUGAUGAACCCCCUACAGCAGAAUUCGAUAUGCCUGUCCGUUACAAACCAGAGCCUCAAACCUUUCCUUCUGUGCCCAAUUCUCGGCCUGCUGAAACAAAACCAUAUUUUGAUCAGCAUCCAAGGGGUUAUGAACACAGUCCUUCCCAGGGAUUUAAUACAAAGCAAGGACAAUAUGAUAUUUCACCUAGAGUAGAGAACGUACCACCUCCAGCACAGUUAAAGUCAGACCCUCUGCCAGGCAGUAACAAACCUUUACCUCUACCAGCUGCUCUGAAGGAGGAGGAUGAAGACCCAGCCAUGAAACCACAGUCUGUGCUUACUAGAGUUAAGAUGUUUGAGAAUAAAAGAUCAAUUCCAGGGGAUAAAACGAAGGACGUGAAUGAUGUAACAGCUUUAAAGGCUCCAGAGGUUGCACCCAAACCAAUAACUGUUCCGAUAACUGCAUCGAAAGCCGCCCCACUGCCUCAUUAUGAUUCGGAAAAAGCGACCUAUAGAGUACCUGAACCUCAGAAACCUCAAAUGAAGCCACCAGAGGAUAUUGUGCGUUCGAAUAAUUACGAUCCCGAGGAAGAUGAAGAGUACUACCGGAAGCAGUUGUCCUUCUUUGACCGUAGAAGCUUUGAAAAGCCCACUCCGUCUCUGCCUCCAAACAUCCUUCCUGAGCCUGCUAAACCAGGACAGUCUCAGAGCCAACUGAGCUUUAACAGCUACCCCUCCAAGGGGAAACCUGCCGAAGUGGAUCCUCUUGACAGGCCUAUAAGUGAGAAAAGAUAUGAUCCAGUCCCACAGGUUACUUCCACUUCCCAGUAUAACCAACCUUCACCAGUGCUUGUAAACCAUACAGCACACACAAAACAUUCAGAAGUCAGCUCUGUGGAAAUCGCCAACACCACGCUGCCCAAACCGGAACCACCACCACCCCAGACCAAGCCAACACUCUUCAGACCUACCAACAGAGAGGAUACAGUACAGUCAAACUACUUUCCUCAGAAGAGCUUUCCAGACAAAAGUCCAGUUAACGGCACUGAACAGCCUGCAAAAAUCAUUAUACCAUCGUAUAACCGCUUCACACCCAAACCUUACACAAGCUCUGCCAGACCUUUUGAACGCAAAUUUGAGAGCCCGAAGUUCAACCACAAUCUCCUGCCAAAUGAAGCACAAGUAAAGCCUGACGUACCUGCCAAACCUCAGAACUCUCCUCAACCAAUUUUGAAAUCAACUAAUGUGACAAUGUCUCCUGAGCUUGAUGGUACUUCCAAGCAAAUGGACAGUAAAACUAAAUAUCAACCAAAUAAUGUCAAUGCAGUGCCUAAAGCAAUCCCUGUCAGUCCCUCUGCUCUGGAAGAAGAUGACGAUGACGAUUCCCACACAGUUGUGGCAACUGCUAGAGGUAUUUUCAAUAGCAACGGUGGUGUGCUAAGUUCCAUAGAGACUGGAGUCAGCAUCAUCAUACCUCAAGGAGCCAUUCCUGAUGGCAUUGAACAGGAAAUCUACUUCAAGGUCUGCAGGGACAACAGUAUUCUUCCACCCCUAGAUAAAGAAAAAGGAGAAACACUGCUCAGUCCGUUGGUUAUGUGUGGGCCCCAUGGAUUAAAAUUCUUGAAGCCAGUGGAGCUGCGCUUACCACACUGUGCGUCUAUGACUCCUGAUGGUUGGUCUUUUGCUCUAAAAUCAUCCGACACCUCGUCGGGUGACCCAAAACAUUGGCAGAACAAAUCUCUUCCUGGUGACCCUAACUAUCUUGUUGGAGCAAAUUGCGUAUCUGUUUUGAUAGAUCACUUCUAGCCUACCAUGUAAAGAUAAGAAAUAAUGUGAAAUCUUCUAUGGACCUAUUUAUCUUUACACCAUCUAUUGAGUAUUAUUUGACCUUUAAAUAACAAGGGUACUCAAUAGUGCUAGGAAAUAUGCCUGAACUUGCAUUUUGUGGAGUAGACUUUAAAGCCAUGGUCAAAGUUUCGGCCUCAGAAAUAGCACGCGAAGGUAGGCCAGUGUCACACCUUCCUUGUCUGAUAAAAUGCCUUUCACUCACAUUAAUUUGUCUCCAAAGGACCAAUGCUGAUAACACUAAAAUAAAGUCGUUUUCCAGAAUUAUACUUUUACUGAUUACCCGAUACCACUGAAAGAAACUGCUUGUUUUACUUCUCGCGUUUAACCACAUAAACUAGCACUUCUAUUAUUUGUCAUUUAUACUGUCAUGAUCAACAAAUGUUUGCACCAGAACAGACUGCUUUGUUUUUGGAAGAGAUAUCCAUUUCUUUAUAACCCUACUGUUGAGAUCCGCCGCUUAAGCCUUUAAAGUAUUUUCGAACAACUCACAGAUUAGAUUAUUGCAAGUUACACAUACAGCGACUUGUUUUGAUCACCUAAAAUGGAUGACCUGUAUUUCCCUUUAAAUAAAAAUCAAAUCAAAGGUCUUUUGACCGAACACAGCUUAUGGUUCAACGUAAUUGACAGUGGUUCUGGUGCUUUUGUGGAUCUGUAGAUAAACCAUUUACUACAUACAUUUAACCAGCAGGGAUGCCUUACCCUCAUGUUACGGUCUUUUUUUUUUUUUUUUUCGUUCUCUGUACUCCCAAGUUCAUAUGGCUUUUUGCGCUUAUUUAGUAUAAUGUAUAAUGAAGAGAAAUUUAAGAAAAUACGAGUUAUUGUGAAUUUUUUAUGAGAGGAGGUAGGGGUGAAAUGAACUCCUGUCAACUCAAUAUUGAAGGAAGUUGUAUGUUUCUGCUAUGCAUUUAAAAGAAAUCUCAAAGAUGUUACAAUGCCUGUAUAUAAAAUGCGUGCAUACCACUUUUGUUUUUCCUUUAUUUUUUAUUUUAUUUUUAUUUUCAUUUUUUUUUGUUUGUAAAUUUAACUUUUUUAAGCUUUACUUUUUGUAUAAAAAAAAGAAAACUGAACGUUUCUUAAGGAUACCUUUGUACUCAUACCUUUUUUGAGCCUUGAACUUUAUAACAUCUGCAGCAAUAAAGCGCAUUUCUACAGUACUCACCACGAGAACAUUUUGAAGCGAAAUGCACAAAAAUUGCUAUCUUUCUAAAUGCGGAGCAUAAAUCCUCAGAAUUCUCUAGUUUGAUUCUUAUCUUUAAAGUAUCCCUGCUGCAAUUUGUGAUAAGGAUGCUGUAUAAUGUGCCCUAAAAUGUAUUUUUUUACUAAUAGACAAUUUAUUAUGGCACAUUCGCACGGUUUCAGUAGAAGAUACAGCACUGCAUUCUCCUAAUCAAUUAUUAGUCUUCACGUGUGGCUGAUUUCAUUUUUUUUUUCUUUCCUUUGCAGUUAUUAAAAUUACACAUUUCUAAAUAUACAAAAUAAACUGGUUUUAAAAUAAAAUAAAUAAAACCUUAAA